AUGGAGAACUCGCAAAGCUAUGACGGUAGCUGCCACUGUGGACAAGUUAAGUUCACGGUGAAGAUAUCACCACCUAUAUCGGAGCAGACGGUGAUGCAAUGCAACUGCUCAAUCUGCCACGUCAACGGUUACUUGAUGAUUUAUCCCAAGACGGCUGAUGUCACUUUCCACCACGCCGACGAUGCAGUCAAGGAAUACCGCUUUGCGUCCAAGAACGUCCCACAUUACUUUUGCACCAACUGUGGUACCAGUGUCUACGGUAAAGCUGAGAUACCGGAGAAGCGACACAUUAUGGCUGUCAACGUCCGAACUUUGUCCGGCGUCGACCUCAAGACCCUGAAGAUCCACGAGCAUGAUGGAAGAGGUGAAACAAAGAUCUAG